UGUGCGAAAUCUCCUACCACGCCGUAACCGUAAGUAAAGGCAACGCGACAUGCUAGCUUGACGCAGUACCAAUUCGAACUUUGUUCGAGACGUAUCGGUGUAUUCGUAUCGACGAAUCUGUGAUUACUUCUUCGAUUUUCAACAUGGCUAUCUCACUGUCGACGGAAGAUAAAUUGGAGUAUAACUUCUAUCCGGUGACCAGUGGACAAGUUCAAUUUCGAGUAAAAGCACCCAACGAUGCUCACAUUGCCCUUACUACCGGUCCUCACGAAGGAGAACCUAUGUAUGAGGUUUUCAUCGGUGGAUGGGGCAACUCCAAAUCCGUCAUUCGUAAAAAUAGAACCAAACCGGAAGUUGCGGAAACAGAAACUCCAGGAAUCUUAACAGCUGACGAUUUUCGUGGAUUUUGGAUCAGAUGGCGUGAUGGCGAAAUCACAGUUGGUAAGGAAGGUGAACCGAAUGCGUUCUUAUCCUACAACGAUCCUGAACCUUUCGGUAUAGGUUAUUUUGGUGCUUGCACCGGCUGGGGUGCCUCAGGAGAAUGGUUGAUCGAAGGUCGCAUACCUUUGAAAACAAAAGACGAACUCGUUUACAAAUACCACGCGGUGCGAGCCGGCGCUCUGUUCAUCGAAGUCAAGGCCCAAAGCAACGCACACGUUGCUUUGACCGAUGCAAAGAAGGAAACGAAUCCGAUGUACGAGGUCAUGCUUGGGGGAUGGGAAAAUACGGCGUCGGUCAUCAGAUACGAUCGUAAAAAGCCGGACAAGGUACGCGUGGAUACCCCGAACCUCCUCAACCAGAACGAGUUCAAGAGAUUUUCGAUCUCUUGGCUCGACGGGCGCAUCACGGUCAGAUCUGGCGAUCAACGCGGACCCGUAAUCAUGGACUGGAUAGAUCCAAAUCCGAUUGGCGUCAGUUACAUUGGCGUACGCACCGGUUGGGGUGCUAAAGGAGUUUGGAAACUUCGAUUCGAACAGAACUUGGGGUAUCCUUCCUCCUUCGGUUCCUCUCACGAUCAAAAAAAUCCAAAUGUUGCACCUUCGGCGCCAUUGGAAGUCCGAGGACUUGAUACCGGAAGUCAUUGCUGGUGCGAUGCAGCAGGUGGCAUGGUCCCUCCAGGUGCUGUUGAAGGAGGAAGAGACGAUGAACCUUUGUUCGUAGGUAGAGCUCAUCAUGAAGGUGCUCUCUUACCUGGCAAGGUGAAACCUAGUCACAGCGUCUGCUAUGUUCCCUGGGGUGGCGCCGAACAUGGAAAAACGGAUUAUCAAGUACUUUGCGGUUGCCAUCCAUCUUGGGUGUCAGUAAGCGGCGGAAACAUUCCAGCAAAUGCAAUUCCAGCUGGAGAAACGGAAGAUGGGGAACCUUUGUUCGUUGGUCGUGUACAUCACGAGGAUACUUUAACUAUCGGCAAGGUUCAAGCAUCUCACGGCGUUUGUUACAUACCUUUUGGAGGUGCCGAGGUCGGCUUCCCUGAUUAUGAGAUCAUGGUGUCUCAAUAAUUGUUAUUCGAUGUGCUCUAAAAGUGAUAAUCUCCGCGUUCGAUUCAUUGAUGAAUUUUCUCGAUCAUAUUUUCUUUAUCAUACUUUCCUAUAGCUUUCCUCUAUGUUGUCUUUAAUACAUGAUCAUUUGGAUAAUUGGAAAAGUAUAUAUCGUUUCCAAUGUAUUUUCUUUCUUUUUCUAUUGACAAGAAAAUUUAUUGAUAUGGAUAGAAGAAUCUCUUUAGAUUGUAAAUCAAAUAAGUGUUUAAGUUAUUAUUUCAAAGAAAAGCGUUCAUCGAUCGAUGAAAUAUGAAAAAACAAAAGCGAAUUUCUCAAUGUUGGCGAUAGCUUUCGCAUAAAAAUUAUAGCAAUGACGUUACCGCUAUAGGAUGAGCAAAUCAUUGGCGAUACAUAUACAAUUAAGCUAUGUAUUUUAAUAUAACUACAUUAUUGUUAAUCUUCAUUAGAAGAUUUGCUAAUAACUUGUUGUUUUCUCAGAAAAAAAAACGAUAUAUUUUUUUCAUCAUAACAACAUAGUUUUCUAAUGCACACAUUCGCUUUGUUGGAACAUAUAUUUUUAGACGCUGUAUUGUUAGACAAUAAACGAUUAAAUGAAUGUCUCUGAGAAUAA